AAAUUUGUGUAAAUUUGUCAAAAAAUGUAUUUAAAAUUAACAAGCGGGUGGUCCCCAUCACCUAUUAAUAAAGCGAAGGCAGUGUGAGAUUUGGUGGUGGUUAGUCCUUGCUCCUGCUGCACGAGGCUGGAGAUCGGCUUUUUCAGUGUUAUUUUAUAACCAAUGUCUCGAAGAUAUGAUAGCCGCACAACGAUCUUCUCCCCUGAAGGUCGUCUUUACCAAGUUGAAUAUGCAAUGGAGGCUAUUGGCAAUGCAGGAACCGCAAUUGGGAUACUGUCAAAAGAUGGUGUAGUUCUAGUUGGUGAGAAGAAAGUCACCUCCAAGCUUCUGCAAACAUCGACAUCAACUGAGAAGAUGUACAAGGUUGAUGAUCAUGUAGCAUGUGCUGUGGCUGGAAUAAUGUCUGAUGCUAAUAUACUCAUCAAUACAGCUAGGGUUCAAGCCCAACGCUAUACUUAUGCGUACCAAGAGCCAAUGCCGGUCGAACAGCUCGUCCAAUCUCUCUGUGAUACCAAACAAGGCUACACACAGUUUGGUGGACUUCGUCCGUUUGGUGUUUCUUUUCUUUUUGCAGGUUGGGAUAAAAAUUUUGGAUUCCAGCUGUACAUGAGUGACCCAAGUGGAAAUUAUGCUGGUUGGAAGGCUGCCGCAAUUGGGGCAAACAACCAGGCAGCACAGUCUAUGCUUAAGCAGGACUACAAGGAUGAUAUAUCUAGAGAAGAGGCUGUCCUGCUCGCACUGAAGGUGCUCAGCAAGACAAUGGAUAGUACAAGUCUUACUUCAGAAAAACUUGAAUUGGCUGAGGUCUUCCUCUUGCCUUCUGGAAAAGUGAAAUACCAAGUAUGUUCACCAGAUUCCCUGAGCAAGUUGCUUGUGAAGUUUGGAGUGACCCAACCUGCUGCCGAGGCCUCUUAAGUAUGUAUUUUGACUUAAAUAUGAGUAUCAGGACGAAUAUGGAAGGUGUUUACAAGCUAAAUUGUAUUUUGGGCAUGACCAGGACGCAUGAGAGGUUCUCAUUUGAACACUUUUGCAAUUUCAGUACUUAUUUAAUGAGCUCUUUGAUACUGGAUGGUUAGAUCUAAAUGGAGUUUUCAUUUGAAUAUUCA